UAUGACCGUGACAUUGCCACUCCUCGAUCCAGACGCUAUGCAAGGCAACAUACACUCAAGUUUAAGUCUGUAUGCAGCCAUCGUGGGACUUUACAUCAUAGCACCUUCGCCGGAAAUUCAUUCAUGCUAAUACGUUUUAUAAUAGACAUGCCUCCACCAUCAUGCAUCAGCGCUCUGCGUCAGAAGUCAUGAUUCUCUCACAGAACAAAUGGCAGUGCAGUUACUCCGGGGUAUAUAGUAGGGUGGACAUAGACUGGUUCAGGCAGCGACAAUGUCUUCUUCGGCGCAGGAUGCCAUUCCACAACUUAAUCUGGGAAACACAUUUGGGGCACUUUUUAUUGGGGUUGUCCUUGCAGCAGUUCUCUUCGGUCUAACCAAUGUUCAAGCUUUCAUCUACUUCCAGGCGCAUAAAAGCGCAGCAGGGAUAACAUUUUUCAAACUGGUUGUUACCUGGCUUUGGAUAUUUGAUGCUCUGCACCUGGCCUUGACAGUCCAUUGCGUCUAUUACUAUUUGGUAACAAAUUAUGCGAACUUUGGUGUGCUCACGGAAAUCGUAUGGAGUCUCAAACUUCAGUUAGUAAUCAACAUUUUCAUCAUUCCUAUGGUACAUCUUUUGUAUGUUCAUCGCAUAUGGAAAGUAAGCAAGGGUCGAUCAAGAGUUCUCCCAGCCAUAGCAUUGUGUAUAGUCGUGGUCCUGAGUUCAGGUGUUGCCAUCCCCCUUGUAUGGGCGCAAUAUAAGGUCAACUUGUUCAAGGAUUUGGUUGGAAUCGAGUGGUCGACGUACCUGUCAUUGGGAGCGGCUACUUUUGUUGAUUUUCUCAUCGCAUCAUCAUUAUGCUAUCUCCUCGCCACUUCACGUACUGGGUUCUCUAGCACCGAUUCAUUCAUAACAAAGCUCGUGGGCUAUACCAUCAGUACUGGCUGUCUGACAAGUGUAUGUUCGAUGUCGAUCAUAAUCACAUGCGCUGUGAUGCCGACAACCUUCAUCUUCAUUGGUCUCCAAUUUUUAGUGACUAAAUUAUAUGUCAACUCAUUUAUCGCAUUCCUGAACGCGCGGUACUACAUGCAGGCCAACGUGAUUAUCAAUUCUCCUCAAUUUUAUGAGCGCCACGGCGUCUACCACCCGGAACUCCACAUUAGCGCGUCGCAAGACGAAGAGUUUCAGAAAUCCCAGAAGGACCCUGAGGAUGAAGUAUUACAUACUGCGCAACCUAUCCAGACUGCUAUGCCAUAGUCGCUGACAGUGGAAUGAAGUCUUUCUUGUUAUUGGUAGGCAUGGAUUAUUAACUGCGUGUCUAAUUGAGAGACCACUCGCAAAAAAUCUGAGUUCAUAAUAAAUUAUCAUUCGUAUCCUGACAAUGUUUGCGGGGAGUAAGUUGUUUUGUUCUCUUGUAAAUGCAUGACCAGAUUCGAUUUCACACCAGGUUCUGGAAUGACAAGCGCAGGCUCCAUGAUGGGAAUCAAAAUAUGUAGUAAUUGGUAUGCCAGCUGCAGGGUCGUCAGACUUUAGAAACGACGACGUCUUUUUGACAUCUUUAGACAAUUGUAUCGAUACAUUACCACUUGAUCGCCACUGGACCCAAUUGCAAUUCUCUACUACCCCUGUUUAGAACAACUUGCGG